AUGAUCGGUCUUGAGAUCGCUGGGGCUGCUGGAUCAUUCCUCCACAUGAGCCGGGAAGCAGCCCGAAUCAUAUCUGGAAUACGUGCCGCCAGCGAUGAGAUCGCUUGUCGAAAACGUCAUUUGAAGCAUCUUUAUAAGCAGAUCAAGAUUCUUGCCAGAGAAGUCCGGCAAUGCUAUGUCGACGCCGCCUGGGAAACUAUAAAGAGCGAGAUGCACCAUUGUAAAACAAUGGUUAAGGAGUUCCUCUACAAAUAUCGCAGUGGAUCACUGUCUUCUUCGAUUCGAUACGGGAUAUCACGUGAUAGGGGUAUCUCGGUUAUCAGGGAGGUUGAAGGAAGUAUGAACUGGCUACUGGUUGAAGCUCAACUGGCCGCAAUGAAACAAGAGACUCGUAGGAAGCAAAAGAACAAGUCGCUCAAGUAUACUGGUAUAGGUGCCUUCGGUGGUGCUGUGGGUGGUGCCAUGGCUGGUGCCCUGCUCUGCCGUCUGAAUGAAGGCGCCAAUAAGAAAUUUGGUCUCGUAACCGGUAUUGGUGGUCUGAUAGGAGCAUUAUGUGGUGGAGUUCUCGGAUAUCUGAGAGCAAACUGA